ACAAUUUACACAUAUCGCCAUACAGCUGAAAAGUUUACUGUGCGGAACAUUAUCGUAAUUUUUACUCUAUCGAUACAUUACAAAUUAAAUCUCGCAUGGCCAUUGCUUCACGCUUCUCGUAAAAAAAGACAUCCCUAUCUGUUCCGGACCUGAAUAGGCCUGUCGUUAAAAAUUACCAAAAUCUGGUACUCUCGUGACAAAAUGGAGUCGUCUUACAUAUUCUCUCGUCACUGGGCACUGUUGUUAACUGUGUGUUGGCUUUUUGUUCACGAAUGUUCGGCGGUAAAGGAUUCAGGGAGCGUGUUGGAUCCCUCGACUCUAUCGCCGAUGGACAGAGACGUAAGGCUUAAAGGCGGUGCCCAGCCUUGGGAAGGUCGCAUCGAGAUCUACAGCCAGAGUUCUGGUGACUGGCAUACUCACUGCAAUACGCCGAGACGGGAAGAGUUCUACCACGUUGUGUGCCGUAGGCUCGGCUACAAUGGCUUCCUCAGAGACCUCAAGGCCACGGAAUUCGAGAAGAGUUCGCUGGUUCCACUUCGAGGUUAUUUUGAAUGCAACAAAGAUUCGGCGGACCUGCGAAGUUGCUUUUUCAAGGAAGGCGAUGGCUGCGGAAGCAACGAAGAAGAAGUUGGAAUCGUAUGCUCGGCAGUAGUUCAGUCGUGCGGACCUAUCUCCUUCCAGAGGGACGAUCACCGUGAAAUGCACCCCUUUAGACUGAGCUAUCCAGACAAAACUCGUGUGAACGUCAGGUGUCCUGGGGACCCCAGUAUCUCGGGUGUGAUGAAGUGCGUCAAUGGUCACUGGGAGUGGGAAGGCGAGGAGCCACCAGCCUGUCCACCUAGAGCUGAUGAUACGAUUACGUGUCCUGCUCCAUUUUAUGACACACGUCACACCUUCCUACUUCCGGCGAAGUUGACGUACCGCUACGACGAAACGUUCGAGAUCGUGUGCAUUGACCGUUCUGAUGCUACGAAGCUGAGAUGCGGGGAUGGUGGUCGACUAGAAUGUUAUGAUGGAGGGGACGGCUGCAUCCCAGAAGCUCCUAGCUGUGUUACUCCUUUCCGUAGACCUACAGAUGAUCAUUUGCUGUUGGUCGGAGGCGACAAAUCAACAAAAGGUCGUGUACUCGUGAAUCGUGAUGGACAAUGGGGAUCUAUCUGUGCGGAUGGCUGGAACCUUGCAAACGCCAAUGUCAUUUGCGCUGAGUUAGGGUAUGGUCCCGCCAGGAGACUGCUCGACUCUCCAAAGUUUCCGCCAGGGCCCAAGAGAUACUUGUUCAGGGAAGUGAGGUGCAGCUCUAGCGAUACGAACAUUUUGGGGUGCAGCAUGAAGCACAUGUCUGUUGGCGACAAGUGUCAUUCAGAUUACGAAGCAGAAGUCGACUGCUUUCCUGAAGAACCACAAUCUUAUUCCUUUCGUUCCAAUUGCGGAACACCGGGUCUUCCUCAAAAUACAUUUGUCAAGCCAUACAAACAUGUGUACAAUGCAGGAGAGAUGGUGACGCUCUUUUGUGGUGGAAAACCUACCAAGAAAGUUGAACUAACAUGUUCUUCGGAUGGGCUAUGGAGUGGUGACGUCAUCGACUGUGGUGUGCAUGCGCCAUUGGAUCCAAGACUGCUGAUUGGAAUCGGGAUAGGAAUUAUUUUUCUACAAAUCGUCAUUUCCAUCAUCAUAUCUCGCUGCAGUACUCCUAGGCAGCAGCCAGUAGCAGAAGUAAGGGAUGAUGCCCCUCCGCCUGACAACGAAGCUAAAGCUCGACCAACCAAUCAACAGUCUGUGCAACCACUACGCCACCCACAAAGCGAUGACAGUAAACAAGAGUAGAACCACAGGGAUGUUCCUAUCCCCCUUUUUAUUUGGGUCAUUUAUGCUAAGAACUUCAUUUAUACCUAUCUGUAAAAGGUAACUGAUUGAAUAAAAAGAAAUGGAGAGGGAAGGGAAUUUAUGAAUAUGAUUUCGAACUUAAGUCUAUUGAAAAUUUUAAUGAGAAAAUGAUAAUAUCGUUGCAUCUUGAACAUGUUGAAUGCAAUCCAGACACUUUCUCUGGCAAAAUAUCCAGUAAAAAAAUCCAUUCAUUUCGCUGUUUGUAUAUCCAAACAUGAAAAUGAAUACUCAUUAACAUAAGGUGUGGUGACGGGAUAAAGAUAUAUACAAUUUAAUUAUUUUUUCCUACCCUUGACAACGAUUAUCCUUGAUUAUUCAGUUUCAUUAACCAUAAAGACGGAACUAUUUCAUGUAUUAGGGCCUAAAUUUUACUUCUUGUAAUCUCAGAAUUGCAGAAGAGUUUGGUAUAAGCGAAGUGGUUAAGGGAAAGUUUAAUUCAUGCCAAGUUGAUAAGGAGUUAUCAGUCCAUUAAUCUUGAUCAGCUAUUCACCCUCAGCAAUAAUACCCCCAUCUAGCAUAAACUAUUAUGAAGAUGGCGCUCUCCAAAAGACAUUCAUCUGACAUGUACUCGACCUAUUUGAAAUAUAGCAUGUGAGUAAAAAAAAAAUAGACACAUCACAAAUCCCCAAUUUAAGGCAAAAAAUAUGUCAAAAACGCAUACUCAUUAUAUAUAG